CACAGGAGACCGAGCGUCUCCUCUCCGAGACCAUCUAGGCCUUCAUGGGAGCCACCAACAUCAUGAACAUCCCCCUGCUGGACCAGGCCCGCAUGGAGGACAUCUGGAGGAUGCAGAGGAGGCAUGUGGCCUGCAUCCAGGAUCCUCUGGGUGUCCAGAUGUACACCAGGACUGGACAGGUGACCAAAGGAGGGGUGGUUCUCCCCGUGUAUCACUGUGCUCGGGGGUCUGCGUCUCUGGAGUCGUUCCACCUGCACCUGAACAGGUUCAUCCCAGGAACGUCAGCCAGCGGCUGCCACUUCCAGAUGUACCUGUUGGAGGGGCUGACCCGCUGGAACGCGGACCGAGCUCAGGUGGCGGUGGGCGCAAAGAAGGCGGGGACGAAGUGCUACGCGGUCCAGAAGCAGCAAACCCUCUUCCAGCUGACGCAGCGCUUACUAGGAGAGACGCUGGCUGAGACCUACAGCAAGCCACUGAAGUAUACAGGGGAGCUGAUCGGGAUGAGCUACCUGUAUGCUCAGACGGGCCGGGACCUGCAGAUGUUAACCAAUGACCCAGAUGAGCCAGAUGGCGCUGAGGAGAUCAUCCUGGAGGAUGACGAGGCGUCAGAAGAAGACAGGUUGCUGGAUGUCUUGGAGGAAGGUCUGGACGAGGGGUUUGGGGACCUUGCAGAGGACCCGCUUCAGACUCCUCCUUUUCAGCCACGAUCUGCACCUGCUGCUUCUUCUUCUCCUCCUCCUCCCCCCUCUCCUCAUUCCCACCAAGGAGCAUCUGGUGACCAGGAGGUCACUGUUGGGCCUGACGGAACCCCUGGCUACCAGCACGUGGUUCGGCUGACUUGCAAACUGGUGGAGCUCUGCAGGAAGGGCUACAUCAGCAACGCUGAGGUGGAGGAAAUUGUGGGUCUCUGGCAGAACCUCCCCGAGGUCGAUAAGGGGCCCAUAGCAUUUCCAUCUCGCUACAAAGAGGCCCUAAGGGGAGGUUUAAGAAGGCCAAGACCUACGCUCCAGGAACUGUGGCCCAGCCUGGGCUGGAGAGCAUGAAACGCUGCGUCGCAGGAACGGGCAGCGGUCCCGCCUCAUGGCCUGACGCCAGCCGCCUGGUGGAGGCCAUCUUUAGCGAGCUGUGUGCCCUGUACCCAGGAAGCAGGAGGGUGCAGUACUCACCCGGUGGAUCUUGGUCUUGAGGGACUACAACUCCAUCAGGCACGUGGUCCUCAACCAUCCGGCCCUCAAGACCAGGACCACCCUCCAGCUGUUUGCUGUGAACCAGGCCACCCUCUCUCAGUGGUACAGGAAGCGGAUGGCCACGGAAGAGAGGACCACCCUCAUGGCUGGUGUUGCUCCACUCCAGGCUCCUACAGAGGUGGAGGAGUCCUUGCUGCCCGCCAAAGGGCUUCAGGGGCCCCAGCCUGUUCCCAGCACAGGCUUUGACAUACUCCUGUUCCCAGCACCCUCCGGCCGUAGCCCCUCCGCCUGCCCGGGAUUUCCAAGGUCACCCUGUGUACUCCGUCCGCCGGAUUGUGGCCUACCGGCGGCGGGGCCGUGGGUGUCAAUACCUUAUCGAUUGGGAGGGCUACGGACCUGAGGAUCGCUCCUGGGUGCCCCGCUCCUUCAUUGUUGAUCCCGCUUUGCUCCGUGACUUCCUGGCCUCCCGGGCUGCUGUUUCUGGGCCGCCGGGUGGCGGCCGUUGAGGGGCAGGUGGUGUCAGGAUCUGGAGGUGUGAUCUACCUGCUGCUAACUCUUCUUCACCACUAGGUGCGGCUGGCUGGAGGAGCUGGAGAUGGGCAGGUGUGGCUCAUUGAGCAUUCAGCUGGGCAGUAUAAAGACGACGGGUUGCCAGCACCUCGUUGCCUGAGCGUUUUGCCCUUGCGAUUUCAGGUGCUGACUCCUGGACCUGACCCAGAUCAAACCAGAACCACUGAGACUCUGUUGGAACUUUCCCCUUGAAACUUGGAUCAAACCAGCAAUCUGCGAACCCUCCAGAGAAACCUUCCAGCAGAGCGAACCCUGUCCACCCUCCCAUUGCCAUCCGAUCUGUGCCUCCAUUCCAGCCGCUGUGGACUGUAGGCAGACCGUGCCUCACACACUCCGCUUCUCCCUGGCGGAUCACCCAGCUCUCAUCAGUGAGCCGUAAAAUUGUUGUCAAGCGUAAAUCUGAGGUCCAGUUUCUAAACCAGAUUUUUUUUCUCUGCAGCCUGCGGGUUUCCAGCCCCAUAUCUCCCGUUGUCCGUCCUCCUGAGCAUGUAAAUAAAUAAACCAGAUCAAAGAGAACGGUACGUUCUCUCUGGGUGUCUCUGCAUGUGGGUCAGGUCGGCAAUAAGCAUUAUGACACUCCUCGUUUAAUUGGUCCAUACGAAAUAGAGUCCAUAGUUAGUCCAACUGCUGUCAGGCUUCAUCUGCCUCCUAGUCUUCGCAUCCACCCCACUUUCCACGUAUCUCAGUUGAAGCCUGUCGUAUCCAGUACUUUGUGCCCUCCUGCCGAGCCCCCACCCCACCGCCGGAUCGUGGCCUCCUGUCGGCGGGGUAGAGGCUGGCAGUACCUCAUCAACUGGGAGGGCUACGGUCCGCAGGAUCGAUUGUGGGUGCCCCGUUCUUUUAUCUGUGACCCUUCUCUCAUCACUGACUACCAUUCAUCUCUGGCACCAUCUUCUUCUACCAGGAGGCAGCCGUUGACGGGGAGGAUGAUGUUGGGGUCUGGGAGUUUCUGUCUGUGUUGCCUGCUAUCAACUGUUUAGUCACUAGAGGUUGCCGGAGCUGUGGUGUGGAGGAGCACAGGUGAAGCACGUUACCUCAUCCCCAGUGCAGUAAAUAGGUGGCAGGCUGUCAGCACUUCAGCGCCUGAGUGUUUGCCUUUGUGGUAACUAACUUGCCAAGUUCUAAGUCUUUGUCAAAGAACUCUAAGUUACUUACCUUCUCGCGAUCUCCUUCCAGGUAUCUCCAAGUCCCGGUUCAAGAUCUCAAGCUUACCACUCUUGAUGGUCCAAGAUUCCAAGUCUCCAAGUAAUCCUCCUCGGAUCAAGCUCCAGCUAACAGCCUCAAGCCUCCUCAGACAUUACUGGCCUCCGGAACCGAACCUUGCUCACCCUCCGCCGCGCAAACCCUCCCACCACGUUCCACCACUGGCAAGCCACCACCAGGAAUCUGUGUUGUGCAAGUAACUUCACUAACUGGCGAGCCCUCGACCUCAGUGGUAAAGACUCCCAUGGUCAUCACGCUACCAACAAACCACUUACCUUGUUCCCCAGAGCUCCAGUGCCUCGUCCACACUCUCGGACCCCAAUCGUUAACCCCCUCCCUGGUGGAUCUCAUUCACUUACCAGUAAGCAAAUCAGCCUAACUUAUAAAGAUAUUCUUACUUGGAAAAUUCUCCCAACUUACCUGUCAACCUUCCCCUUACGGUUGGUGCGUUCCAGUCCCGGACCACUUCAUCCGUUUCCUGUAGAACAAUAAAGUCAAUUAACUUUU